CUCUCUCUCUCUCUCUCUCUCUCUCUCCGCCCUGUCCGUUACACACGCUAAGAGUGUGUUUGUGUGUAGAAACCAGCAAAUAAGUUUGUUUGAUGCUCAUCUCCGGAUUUCCCGCUAGAGAGUGUUUAUUCCAUGCGUGAAGGAUUGAAGAUGUUUGAUCUUAAUGUUGAUGUUGCGCUCUCGGUUGUUGAUACAAGUACUAAAUGCGAUCGAAAUGGUUGUGCGACUAACGGCGAUAUCGCUGUUAAAAAGAAUGAACAAGAAGAUCGUCAAUCGGGAAUUCAUUCCGGUACUUCAGUUUCCUCCGACGUACUCAACGUCACCGUUGAUGUCGACGUUGACGACGAAGACUCGGUAUCAUAUACUGCUCUUCAUAAGCAAGCUUGUCAUAUUGUAAGUCAAACGGGAGAAUCGAUGGAAAAUUCAAAUCGAGCAUCUGCCGGUUUGAUUACACGGCAGUUUUUUCCUGUUGCGAGUUAUUUGGAGCUGGGGGAGGAGUUACGUUCCCGAUUAAUAACUUCAUCCCCGUCGACGAUAUCCUUUCUUGGAGCAGACUGGUUAAAUCUCAAGGUUCCGGAAUCUGCGCCGGUUCCACUGAACGUGCAAGCGCUGCCGCCGCAGAAGGUAAGGAAAACCCGAAGGGGACCACCGUCAAAGAGCUCACAGUACCGUGGAGUGACGUUUUAUCGCCGGACUGGUAGAUGGGAAUCACAUAUAUGGGAUUGCGGAAAACAACUAUAUUUAGGUGGAUUUGAUACUUCACAUGCUGCAGCCAGAGCCUAUGAUCGGGCUGCAAUCAAGUUCAGGGGAAACGAUGCUGACAUCAAUUUUGAUUUAAGCGAUUAUGAGGAAGAUAUGGCCCAGACGAAGAACUUGUCAAAAGAAGAAUUCAUUCAGAUACUUCGUAGGCAGAGCAAUGGAUUCUCAAGAGGAAGUUCAAGAUACCGAGGAGUUACCCUUCACAAAUGUGGUAGAUGGGAGGCUCGCAUGGGUCAGCUACUUGGGAAAAAGUAUGUUUACCUUGGAUUAUUCGAUAAUGAAGUAGAAGCUGCAAGGGCUUAUGACAAAGCUGCCAUUAAAUAUAGUGGAAGGGAAGCCAUCACCAACUUUGAGCCAAGCACUUAUGGGGCAGAUAUAAUAGAUUUGGACCAAGCAAGUGGUGAGAAUCUUGAUCUGAACCUAUGGAUUUCUCCCACUCCCACUCUCAGUACAUGGAAUGAGAAUCAGAAUGUUGAGAAUGUGGAUAUGGGUUUUACUGCUGCUUCUGGGAAAAGGCAAAAGGUUGGGGGACAAUACCAAUACCAAUACCAAUCCCAAUCACACUACACUGCAUUGUCUACACCAAAUUAUGAGGAAAUGACAAAAGGGAUUUCAUCUGCAAGUGUUGUUCCCUCAACAGCAGCAUGGCAAAGGCAAAUGCAAAUGCAAAUGCAGCAGCAUCAUCAGGAUUCGCUUCUUCUAUUACAAAGUUCUCAGACAUCCUUCUAUUCUUAUCCAACACAAACAUAAACGUUCACAUCAACAAUUUACUACAACCUCUUAUCCAAUGCCAACCACAACCACUACUUACUAAACCGCCAAAUCUGUUUCAAAUUUGUUCAAAGGCAUAUAUGAUAAUACUUGGACCUUUAAUUCUCUUUUUGUUGGUGAGAGCCAAUUACAAGU